CAAUGGACGUGGAAGCCAAACCCGCGGACCCGCCCGUCGAAGUGCGGAAACUAUCGACUCAGCACGACAACGCGGACGAAGUCGCCGAGGCCAUUGCCAUCGAGCAUGCCCUUACGUUCUGGCAGGCCGUGAAGCUGUACCCAAAGGCGAUUGGAUGGAGCGUGUAUUUCAGUCUCGGCGUUAUUAUGCUGUGUAUGAAGAGAGAGGCUGAUGGAACCGAUCUAGCAUUCGACCCGCAGCUUCUGGGAAACCUCUACGCAAUGCCCGCGUUCCAGCGCGACUUCGGCUACCCGUUUGAAGACGGCUACCUCAUCUCCGCAGCAUGGCAGACAGGGCUCGGCAUGGGGAAUCCCAUCGGGCAAGUCGUGGGCGCGCUCGCCGCCGGGUACCCCAUGGAAUGGUACGGGCGGAAACGCACGUUUGCCGCGUGCGUCGCCGCCGUCGCGGCCCUCGUCUUCAUCCAGUUCUUCGCCCGCUCGCUCAAGGUGCUGCUCGCGGGCGAGCUGCUCGCCGGGCUCGUCCUCGGCGCCUUCGUCGUCAUCGCCCCCGCGUACGUUUCCGAAGUCUCGCCGCUCGUGCUGCGCAGCGUUGCUACCAGUUAUGUGAAUUUGUGCUUUGUUACGGGACAGUUGCUUGGGAACGGGGUUACGGCUGCUACCAAGGAUCUGGCGAGCCACUGGGCGUAUUCGAUCCCGUUUUCGCUGCAGUGGGUGUGGAUUCUGGUGAUCAUCCCGGGGCUGUAUUUUGCGCCUGAGAGCCCGUGGUGGUUGGCGCGGCAGGGGCGGUUGGAGGAUGCCGAGACGGCGUUGAGGAGGUUGUCGGGGAACGGGGUGAAUGUGAAAGCGGUGCUUGCGCAGAUUGUCGAGACGGACCGCUUGGAGACGCGCCUCGAGGCUGGGAGCUCCUAUCUCGAUGUCUUCCGCAAGACCAACUGGCGCCGCACCGAGAUCGCGAUUGGCGUUUAUACCACGCAGGUUCUCUGCGGCAUCUAUCUUAUCAACUACGGGACGUACUUCUUCAGCCUUGCGGGGCUAAACACGCAGCAGGCGUAUAACAUGGGGAUCGGGUUUUUGGCCGUGGGGUGGGUGAGUACGGUGUUCUCGUGGUAUCUGAUGCUGCGGUUCGGGAGGAGAGUGCUGUAUAACACGGGUCUCGCACUCCUGAUGAUCAUCAUGUUCCUGGUCGGGAUCCUGGAUGUCGUGCCGACCAACGGCGCAGUGUGGGCGCAAUCUGCGCUGUUGCUGGUGUGGAACUUCACUUUUGACUGGAGCGUCGGCCCUGUCGCCUAUGCCAUUUUCUGCGAAGUCAGCGCAACACGCGUCCGCUCCAAAACCAUCGCCGUGGCAACGGCUUUCCAGGCUACCGUCGGUAUCAUCAUGACGGUCGCUAUCCCUUACCUCAUCAACCCGGACGAAGCGGAUCUACGCGGGAAGCUGGGGUUCUUUUUCGGUGGAUUGAGUGUGCCGUGCCUGGUGUGGUGUUGGUUUCGGGUGCCGGAGAUGAAGGGACGUACGUUUGAGGAGCUCGACAUCAUGUUUGAGCGGGGUGUGAAGACGAGAGAUUUCAAAGACUAUGUGAUUUAG